AUGCCCAGGGUCGCAAAAGGGAGAAGAAAGCGGGCAUACCGGCCGAAAACAAGGUCUGGCUGCAUCACGUGUAAAAUACGAAGAGUGAAAUGUGAUGAGACGCGACCAGCCUGUCUUAAAUGUUCAUCCGCACGCCGUGCCUGUGAGGGCUACAACGAUGUCCAGCUCUUGCACCAGUUGCCUUGUAAUUUACCGGUAGUGCACGUUACAUCAGGUCCAUCAUUUGACGUUCACGUUCCCCCAAAAUCAAGAAGAUCGUUCGAGUUCUUCGUGCAGCGGUCCUGCCUAUCACUAGCUGGCUUUUUCCGAUCUGACUUUUGGGGAAAACAUGUCCUCCAAGCUGCAUAUCAUGAAUCGGCCGUUUACCAUGCUAUCGUUGCUAUAGGCUCACUUCAUGAAACGUUGGAGUAUCAAACAGGAGAUAUAGAUGAAGAACGUGAUUUUGCAUUACAGCAGUACAAUCUCGGAAUCAGAGAGCUACUAGUUCCUCUAUCUCAGAAUGGGCAGCGAUCCAUCGACGUUUGCCUUAUAUCGUGUAUCCUUUUCACCUGUUUCGAGAAUAUGCGAGGGCACUAUACCUCAGCGGGAUUACAUAUUCGAAGUGGCGCGAAGCUACUCCGAGAAAUUCACUACCAGCAGCAGACUGGAGAGAUUCGAGACCAACUUGGUUCCAAGACUCAGAAUGAGUGGUACGCCCCACUGGAAGAUCUUACCAAAAUAUUUGCAGGACUAGAUUUCAAUCUUUCAGCGAUGAUUGGACACUAUGAAUCCACAGUCCAUGAGCCUUCUAUCGACGACAUAAUGCAUAAUUCAAUUCCUGUCUCGUUCUCAAGUGUUGAAGAGGCCAGGAACACCCUAGAAUAUUGGCGUUGCCAAUUUGCCAGUACGCAAGCAGCCCUAGUAUCAUGCGACCCCGUACAAUUUCUUGAAGCCGUUGAAGCCCGCACAGACCGAUACACAACUUUAUUGUCGAAGUUCUCGCUCGCACUGCGAGCAUUGAUUGACUCGAAAGGGUCAUCUCUGACUCAAAAGGAAGAUAUUGCAAUAGCAGUUCUUCAACUGCAUGUGCUAUACAGCUAUGCUUCGUUACAUCUUGAGCAGCUACCUUCAAAUAAUCCUUCACUCCGGGAUUCCUUCCUACCACGGUUUCAACAAAUGAUCUUACUAGGUGAGAAGGUUAUCUCUUCUGCGUUACCUAGCAGUGACAACCGGACAACAAAUUCUUUUUGCUUGGAUAUGGGGAUUCUUAUUCCGCUUUACACUGUAGCUAGUCAGUGUCAAGAUCCUAUUAUUCGCCGGAAAGCGAUUACACUUCUUCGCUCAACCUCACGCCAAGAGGGUCUUUGGAAUAGUCUACUGGUUGCGAAAGCUGCCGAGAGAGUUGUCGAAAUCGAAGAGAGCGCGUUGGACGAAUUGGAAACAUCCACUGGGAGCCUAGAUGGGGCGGAGUUGUCGAGAGUCCAACCAUUCCUUGAACUGGAUGCAAAAGGAGGUCGCCUCUUGUAUAGCAAAAAGGAACAGUGGGGCAGAGCUCGAGUUAACGUGGUCGAAGAGGUAUUCACUUGGUAG